AAAGGAAGAGAGACAAAGUGAUCUAUCUCCUCCCUCAACCCCAGAAACACAGUUCUUCUCUAUCUAUCUCCUUUGAAGCAAAAAAUGGAAGUCGCUCUUCUCUCAUUUUCGUCUUCCUUGUCUCCUCUCUGCCACAACCGAGCCGUAACCACACUAACCCCCAAACCCUCGAACCACCCACGCCUCCCGGUCAUCAGAUCCGCCGUGUCACGCUCCAAGAAGGAAGAAACCGUCGAAACCGUCAAGUCCCAUCUCGAGAACUGCCACCUCCUCGCAGCCAUCAACUACAAAGGCCUAACCGUCAAGCAGUUCCAAGACCUCCGGAGAACCCUCCCGGACACCACGAAGCUCGUCGUCGCCAAGAACACGCUCGUCUUCAAGGCCAUCGAAGGCACCAAGUGGGAAGCCCUCGAGCCCUGUAUGAAAGGCAUGAACGCCUGGCUCUUCGUACAGACCGACGAGAUCCCUUCCGCCAUCAAACCGUACCGGAGUUUCCAGAAGGAGCGCAAGCUCGAGGACAAUGACUUCGCUGGCGCUGUGUUUGAAGGUAAGUUCUACGCUCCUGGUGAUUUCAAGUCGCUAGAGACGAUGCCUACGAGAGCUGAGGUGUACGCUAAGUUGCUCGGAGCUCUGCAGAGUCCGGCGAUUAAUCUCGUAUCUACUCUGCAAGCGCCGGCGAUUGAGGUUAUCAUGGUGCUUAAGGCUUAUGUCAAGAAGCUUGAAGAUGAGAGUAAUAAUAAUGCUUAAUUAGUUUUAAAGGAAGCUGUACUCAAAGCACUUGUUUAUGACUCGAACAGAGCAGUCAUUUGGUUUUUUAUUGAAAUGUUUUUUUUUUUUGGA